AUGCGUAUCCAGAAUCUCAAAAGCCGCGACGACGGCGAGUGCAAAGGCGACCUCAUUUACUACAGCUGCGUCAGGGAGAACUACAGCGGGUGCUGCCUCAUCGACCCCUGUGAUGCAAACAAGUACCCGACUGGCUGCCCGGCUGAGUACCAGUCCACAAAGAGGCCUGAGAUCGAUGACAGCUUCACCAUGGGCCCUGGUGCCGUCCCCGUCGGGCCAGCCCCUCCCCCAAGCUCGGUCGGCGAUCGGUGGCCCGGCACCACAACCAUCGACGGCACGCUGAUCAUAACCAUCACCACAACACCAGGCCACUCUCCCACCCGGACGCCGGCAUCUACCACAACAACUACGUCCUUCAGCACCACCACGACGCCAGCAAGCUCGCAGCCCUCCUCAGGGUCGUCUCCCUCGACGGCCAUACCCACCGCAAGCACGAUGGUGGCUACCCCGUCGAGCACGCCCGGAGGAGGGCUCGUCUCCCACGGCGGCGCCGAGCAGGGCAAGACCGGCCUGGACACGGGCACGAUCUACGGAAUCAUCGCCGGCGCCGCGGGCCUCGUCACCCUGAUCGCCGUCCUCGCCGCCUUGCUCGUCAUGCGCUACCGGAGGACGGACCGGCCGCAGGUUGGACCCGGCAACGAGGCGAGCCCCCUGGCGGCUGCCGCGCCCAACUCGCCGAGCGACGGGGGCGCAGCCGAGGAGAGGCUCAAGACGCCCCUCGAGCGCGAUCCCAACCUGAUCCUGCACUGGCGACCGCCGCUGCCGCCGCGUGCAAUUACCGCUACCGAGGCCGGAGGCGGCGGCGGUGGUGGUCGAGAAAUCCCGAGAUCAGCGACUUUGCCCGCUCCUGCUCCUGCUGCUCCUCCUACCGCCGCGGUGGCAACUCCCCAGCCAGGACGCGUGUAUAGGCCCUACAGACCACCGCUCCCGACGCGGCGCUCGGCCGACGACCACCCCUCGUACCCGCCUGUCGAGAACCACCACGUGCAGCGCAGCAGCAGCGGCGGCGGCGGCGCGGUCGUAUCGCCCGUCUCUCCACCUGGCCAGUCCGCUCCAGGCAACUACGCCCCAGGGAUGUCCGCCAACUGGGCGUCGGCCCCGAACAACUCUGCGACAGGCCCGAGCUCCCCAGGAGCAGGAGGAGCUACGUGCUCGUGCUCGUCGGCGGCCUCGCAGAACUCUCCGGCCGCCGCCGUGUACCAGACUGGUCAGAGCUUCGCGAGAGCUUCUUCCGGCAGCAGCGGUGAUGGCGUCUCCCCUGCAGGGCCAUCGUCGCUCAUGAUUCACGGGCCGUUUGCGGUCGCUACCACCAGCGAGUCUAGCGUUAUUCCUCAGCGCCGGCGAUCGCGCCCCCAGACCCGGUACGAGCUCGACGCCAUUAACAACCAGAUCUCGGAGCUCGACUCGCAGGUCGGCACUAUCGCGCCCGUGACCACAGUCAAGGUGCUUCGCGCGACGCCGCGGGAGCUGGAGAUCCGGGGUCCGCGCAGGAAGUCUGCAGAGGAGGCAGCGAUGGUAGCAUAG